AUGGACAAAAACGUCCAUUAUACCGAAACGGAGCGAAUGCUCCUUGCUCAAUUGAUAUCGGACGAAAAAGCCAUCGAAAAUAAAAAAACAGGAGCAGCGGAUCUAAAAGAUAAGGCUGAAGCUUGGGAAAGGGUAACUAGGAGAUAUUGCAGCCAAGGCUUUCCACCUCGUACCAGCAAACAAUUAAAAAAAUGCUGGGAUAAUAUGAAACAAAAAAAAAGGAAAUUAAAUACUUCGAUAAAAGUUCAACGUCUUAUGACGGGUGGAGGCGUUUCACCAGCAGUGCCCGUUGAUCCAGUCAUGGACUUCAUGGAUGCUACCACUCCAAAUUUAGACAUUGAAGUGCCGUGUCCAUUUGACAGUACAGCUCAAUUUGAAAAAGAAUACCAUAUAAAAAGUAACUCAAAAAGGCAAUUAAUCCCUAGUGAUAACGAGGAUGGAGAUUCGAUAUCAAUAGCAGAUGAUAUGGAAAAUGUUUCUUCACAAAUAGUUUUACAUACAGAAAAUUCCAAAGACCAAUAUUCAAUGUGCAAUGUAAAGAACAUUGCUGCGGGCGGAACCAUGAAAAGGAACCAAAAUAACCAAAUUCCAGCAUCCAAGAUUGAAAAAAAUUUUCGGAAUCUAAACGAUGAAAAAGAGUUGAGAUUAAUAAAGUUGUGCGAAGCAAUUGAACAGCAGCGGGAACUUCAUUCGAUGAAAAUGAAAGCUGCUGAUGCGGAGGUCAAAAUAGCAUUGCUCAAGCUUUCAAUGGCUGAAGAAAAAGUACAAAUGCAGUCCGAAUCUACUAUAAUUUAA